AUGUCGCGACGCCCGGCCUGCGAACCGUGUCGGAAGUCCAAGCUGGCCUGCGAUCACGGGCUUCCGGUAUGCUCGCGUUGCAGUACCUCUGGGGCGAUUUGCAUCUACCGCACGACGCCAUUCAAGCGCAGACGAGUCGGCUCCCCAGCAAUUUCUGGUCUUCAUUCCCGAGAUUCCUCGCCGUCAUUGGGUGCAAGGCGUCCUCCGUACCCAAAUCCCGGAUUUUUGGGUUCUUCCAGUCAUGCAGCCAUCUUUAAGCAUAUCACCCCGGACGGCGAUCAUGGCUCUACGGCCCAUGUUUCGGAUCUUGCUUGGUCGGCCACCCAGCCUCAGGUCGCCGGUGACAAUCACCUGCUGUCGCAAGGAGCAGAUAUUCUCAAGCAGCUUUUAACCAGUUAUUCAUUGGCAGCCAUGAAAGACCUGGUCAUGUUCUGGUUGAUUAAAGGCGCCAAUCUUGCGCUGGCCGAACCAUUUGUGGCGCAGUGUGCCGAGAGCGUGAGCCACUUAUUUACAACACAGGAUGAGAAUUGGAAUUUGGUCUAUGCACGGCAUCUGCUGCAGAAUACCGCCCAGCCAAUAGUCUUUGAGGCCGACUCUGACAUCCACGGCUUCUCUGCUCAGUUCCUAACCCAUAAUGCUCGAUGGGAGACAAUAGCGAUUUUCUUUGCCGCUGUCAGCCGAGCUACGAUCGAUAUCUCGUUCUUCCCCUCACUAUAUGCCACCGAGGAAGAGCAGUAUCCUCUCCGAAGACUCGCUAUGAAACUCUGUGAUCUUGCAUUAGAGAUCUCUCUCUCGCUGGACUGUCUGAAUGAUUUACAGCUAAUUGUUCAGUAUGAGAAUUUUAUUGUACAUUCCUACGUGGAUGGCGAUCAGAGCUAUCAUACAUGGCGCAAGCUCGGAGACGUAAUAUCAUCCACCUUCGCUCUGGGCUACCACGAGAACCUAGAGACCAAACCCGGCAUCCCGCCGUUUCUCAUAGAACUGCGCAAAACCGCCUUCGCGAGGAUCUACUCAGCAGAUAAGAACAUCGCCAUAUUCCUCGGCCGGCCUCCGCGAAUGAACAAGCGUUUCUGCCACUUCCAGAUCCCGUCGUGCCGGACAAUUAUCGACGAUCCAACGGAGACACAUCGCGAUAUCAACCAUUGGGAGCCGGACUCCCAGGCUGGAUAUAGAGCUGACACCCGCUGGUCUGCGCUCUGUGCUUUCCUGAAAGAGGAAAUUUGGGAAUUGCUUCAGGAUAAACACCACGCCUCGUGUUCCCAGCGAGCCAGUGAGAUACACGAUCAAGCAAAAGCACAAUGGCAAGCACUUCCAGCCCAUUUUCGACUCGAGGGCAGCCUGAAACAAUGCACUCACACGCCAUUCGAACGCGACUUUUUAGCAGGCGUGCGGCUGCAGCAUUUACAUGUCUUAUUUUUACUUCGGCUCCUCCUACUUCAUUCGUUGACUGAGCCUGAUAUGGCGAUCAUCGAGACGGCAGGACAGAUGCUUGCCCUAGUCGUGGAAAUUAUCUUGCUGAGAGACCAGUUGACGAAUUCAGGGACAGGUCUGAUCUGGAAGGUUGCGCACUACGGCCUCCCCGCCGCAGGGAUAAUCCUCCUCUCCAUGCUAAAUCCACAGACAAUGUCGCAAACAGGCCCAUCGCGCACAAAAACCCUACAAAGCCUCAGCGUCUUCGUAGCCGAAGUACAAAUCGGGACGAUCGUGCGUCCAGGAGACCCUAACUACGCGCUCCUAUCCAAAGCCACGCAGACGAUCCAGCGAUUCCUUGACUCUUUCCAUACGGUCCCGACUCCGCAUCAGCAGCAUCAAAAGCAUUACCAGCAUCCACCCCCAAGAGAUGUGGCGCCGUACCACGACGAGGCGAGCGACGACUGGGCUGCAUUUCUGGAACAGGAUACGUGGGACUUCGAGGCGGGAUUCUGGCAGAGUUUGGCGGAUCAUCCAUCGUUGUUGGCGUUGGAUCCUACCGUGCCUUCUUUAUAG